AUGUUUGUCAGAUUCCUCGCCACGGCAGCCAUUGCUGCCAGCCAGUUCGCCAUCUCUGCGACUGCCGCCGAGGCUACAACGCCGAAUCUGCUCAUCUUCUCCAAGACCGAAGGCUACCGCCAUAAGAGGCACGACUCUACGAUCUUCACCAAUGGAAGCCUGAGCGACUUUUCGACGCUGGUCUUUCUUUCUACUACCGGAAACUUCCUGAACGCAAGCGAGGCGGAUGCUUUGGACAAGUUCCUGCUCAACGGUGGUUCCUGGCUUGGCAUUCAUGCAGCUGGCGACUUUGGAGAUGAGUUCCCCGCGUGGUACACCAAGCUCGUUGGUGGACAGUUCAAGUCCCACCCUUGCGUCGACGAUUGGAUGUGCACCGAUGCCGAAUUAGAACGAUACCCUCCUGGUGGUAACAUCCGUCCGGAUAUUGUCACGAUUCAAGAUGCCACACACCCCUCCACUUCCGGCCUCCCUCUGAGCCACAACCGCACCGACGAAUGGUACUCAUACAAGACCAACGUCGCCGAGAACUCCAACUACACCGUGCUGGCUACCCUAGAGGAGACUUACAUUGACGAGAACACUCUCGUUGAGCCUCAACACAUGGACCCGCACCCUAUUGCUUGGUACUCCUUGUACGAGGGCAAGGCCAAGGCAUUCUACACUGGCAUGGGACACACCAACGAGACUUACUACGAAGAAUACUUCAUCAAGCAUUUGACUGGAGGUUUGGAGUGGGUUACCAGCGCCUAA